AUGUCCUUCUUCACCGUACGCCCUGCGGGUACGGACAAGGAUCCGUUUAGAGUCCGGAUGACCGCAGUGUCCAUGCUCAGCCUCAAGUUGAAGUCAGGCGAUGUCUGUGAAAUUAAGACUGGGGAAGAAUCCAAUGGUAAGCGUAAGUUGGCCAUUGCCUGGGAGGGCCUAGGGCCUGGAAUGAAAGACACCAUUGUCCAAACGUCCAAACUUCUCCAGGAAGCUUACGGAUUCAAGCUCGGCGACAAGAUCACAGUAUGUCGCUCGCCACGCCCCAUCGACGAGGCAGGGGUGGUGACAGUGUGCAAACCGGACCCUCCGCUAAGUGACAAAGAAAUGCGCUUCUGGAGCAAGAAUAUUGCCCCAAGCAUUCCACCGGCAGGUGAUUAUCUUGUCACAUCGCAGAGGAUUCGGCCCAGCGACGGCGUCGAAUUCGUGGUAAAAGACGUAGGGGUGCAUGAUGCCAUGAUCGCACGGGUAACGCCGACCACGACUUUUCGCGUCGUCACGGAUCACGACCAUGGGGACAUCAUCAAUAUCGAGCUCAAACCACAGCGCCUGGGUGGUAUCGAGAAGCAGAUUCAGGAGUUGCAGGCUAUAAUCAAUAGGAUUUUGCAGCCACUGGUGAGACGGGUUUGGUCCCUGUAUGAGCCAGUGCAAGGUGUUCUGCUGUAUGGCGCGAAAGGCACUGGUAAGACAGCCUUGAUCGAAGCUCUUUCCGAAUCCGGUUGGCCGUCCAUUAUAUCUUGGAAACCGGGCAUGCAGGUCGGUCCGUCGAACGAUCCCUGUUUGGUGAUUGUGCCUCCAGACUACCUGCUUGCCAGAGCGGGGCUUCCAGGCGCAUCGACAGCGACCUACGAACUUGAGGCAAUGUUUAAACGAAUCAUAGGGAGUCCCGUCCUCGUGAUAGCGGAAACUCGCCAUCCAAAUGAUAUUGACGAACGGCUGCGAACGGAAGGCAAGUUCGCCGCUGAGAUCGAGUUGCCCAUCCCUACGGCUCCUCAGAGGAAGGACAUCCUUUUUGCCCUGCGAGGUGCAGAGGCUUUUCCCACGGAUGAACAAUUACAGGAGCUGUCAGAAAGAACUCACGGCUACGUGGGCGUUGAUCUCAGGCGCCUCCUACGUGUGACGCUGGAGCUAGUAUCCGACAAACCGCCGCCGUAUGGGGAGAAUCGUGAAGUUUUGAUGCCAGCCAUUGAGUCCGCUGAUCUAGACAUCGCUCUGCGGCGCGUAAGGCCUUCUGCCUUGCAGGAAAUCUUCCUCGAGACACCUAAUGUUCGGUGGACCGACAUCGGCGGCCAACACGAACUCAAACGCCAGCUGCAGAAUGCCAUUGAACGCCCGCUCAAGUUCGCCGACCGCAUGAAGAAGCUCCGGUUGAAGCCAAAAAAAGGGAUGCUCCUGUAUGGUCCACCUGGCUGCUCAAAAACCUUACUGGUCCGAGCCCUAGCUACCGAGGCCGGGCUCAACUUCCUGGCAGUCAAAGGAGCCGAGUUGAUCUCAAUGUAUGUCGGAGAGAGCGAAAGAGCCACCCGGGAGGUCUUCCGAAAGGCCAGAGCGGCGAGUCCCAGCAUCAUUUUCUUCGACGAAAUCGACGCGAUUGCCUCACGGGGAAGAAGCGGCAGCGAUUUAAAUGUUCUGACCACGUUAUUGAAUGAGAUGGAUGGCUUUGAGGAGCUGAGAAACGUGUUUGUGGUCGCAGCGACCAACAAGCCGCAACAGAUCGACCCGGCCUUGAUGCGCCCUGGACGAUUCGACAAUGUCGUCUAUAUAGGCCCGCCAGACCACGAGGCAAGAAAGGAAAUCCUCAAGAAGCAGCUUGAUCGAGGGCUCUACCAGAGCGAAACUGGUCUAGAAUCGGACGUUGAAGAAUUCGGCAAAUGGACAGAGGGAUUCUCGGGAGCCGAAGUCGUCGCUAUCUGUCAAGCUGCCGGAGAUGUUGCGUUCGAUGAAGACCGGGAGACCAUCUGCCUCGACGACAUCCGGACAGCUGUCGCGAAAACACCAAAGAGCAUCACUCAUGAAAUGUUGGAGGAGUUUGACGCAUGGAACGCAGCACGAAUGGCACGUUGA